AUGGCCAACAAAACCGCACUUGCACGAAACAACAACAACGCUGCCUCUGACGCUGCUAUCACCACUGCUUGUACUCCAAAGUCUCCAAAGCAACAACCCCGUUACAAGAAAAAGAAACCCCAGCAUGCCAAGUCGCAGCAACAUCAGCAAGCUCAGUCCGCCAAGGCUGCGGAAUCCCCAUCUGCUAAGCCCAUCAAGCAGCAGCAGCAGCAGCAGCAGCAACAGCAACAAGAUUCCACCAUGGCGACAUCAAAGAAGUCAUCUGCCAACAAGUCAUCUCGUCGUCGUCGUGUCAAGCAAGCCUUGACUGAUGACUCUGUUCCCGAGCUUUCUGCCAGCAGUGGUACCACUUCGAGCAGCAGCAGCAGUGAGUCAUCUGAUGAUUCCGAUCAUGGUCGCCGUCGUCCACAGCAACGUCGUAAGCAACCCAAGCAGGUGCAACAACAGCAACAGCAUCAACGUGUUGGUAUGGCAACCGCUACCAACAAGAGAAACAAUGAUCGUCGUUCAAGUAUCCAAGUGUACUGUGGUCCUUGUUUUAGUAAUGCUCCUGCUCCCAGUGCGUUGCCCAUGCCAGCUUUUCGUGAACAACCUAAUCCUCAUCUCCCUGUUCAUGUCGCCGCUCCUCCUCUUCCUCCUCAACAUCAACAACCUCCCAUGACGAUGAUGAUUCCACCUCCCAUGAAAACCGCUUAUCCUUUGGAAACAACCGAUUUGUCCGAGAUCCAACGUGGCCUUUGGUCCAUGCUCAAGAUAUCCGCCUAG